AUGUCCAUCGAACAUUUACCGGCUGAAUUGAUUCUCUUGAUCACCUCGCAGUUACUAUCUGAAUCAUCUAUCGCUGCCUUGGCUCGGUCAAACCGCCGCCUCCAUGGGAUUUGCAACCCCUACCUUUACAAAUACAAUGUGCUCCAUUUCAACAGCUCUGCUUUGGACUGGGCGGCCCAAAAUGGCCGGAUGAAUACGCUACAAAAUGCGCUAGAUGCCGGCGCCCCACUACCGAAAAAACAGCCGACGGGCGAAGUGAGAGAACAGGGUCCAAGCAGGGAACAAUUCGGACGCCAGGCCCCACAUCGCUUCGGAGACUUUCAGUCGCAUCCGAUCUCACUAGCGUCGAAAUAUGGUCAUACUGAUAUUGUCCGAUAUAUGAUUGACCGCGGAGUGAAGUCCAAUAUAAGUGACCCGGAUGGAUUCACGCUAUUGGCACUUGCUGCUAUCCACGGCCAUACUUCUCUAGCCGAAUACUUGCUAGAUAUCGGAGCCCAGCAAGGGAUCCGGAGCUUGGUAGGCCACCGGCCUGUAUGGCUGGCAGCAUUUCAAGGGCAUGUAGAUGUUGUCGAUAUGCUUGUGUCGACUCCUAUGCGAAAUGAGGAUGAUCUUGAUAAAGAUGAGCCCGACAAAGAAGAACUGAUGACAGAGGCCUUGUUCGCGGCAGUUCUUGGUGGGCGGGCCCCGGUGGUCCAGUUAUUGUUCACGCAUGAAGUGCAAGUAAACGUCUUCGGUGAAUUUAAGAAAACUCCGCUUUUUAUGGCUGCGGCCAACGGAAUGGGGGAUUUGGUCUCACUGCUUCUUGCAUACGGUGCGGAUCCGAACUUGAUUUUCGGUCAGCAAGAGUGGCAUUCACCCUUAACGAUCGCAGUGAGCGAGGGCCAUGAGGAAGUCGUCCGGAUCUUGGUUGAGGGAACUAUGCGUUUUCACCGUACCAGAGCGUUGACUUUGGCAGUUGCACAGGGGAAUAUAAGAGUUGCAAAGAUAUUACUCCAAAAUGGCGCACUCCCUCAGUUCUAUUCAUCCGAGAUACCGAAGACGUGGGGUCAUCACCAGGAAUGGGUACAACCUCUUCUUUUUGCUGUGCAGCGUGGUAAUCUAGAGCUCACGGAAUUGCUCAUGCAGUACGGGGCGGAUGUAAAUGUGGAGUGUACUGAACGCCCUGUUGGUGGAGCUGACAAAUUGUAUGAUCGCGCCCUGUUCUGGGCUGUGGAGAAAUCUGACGAAGCGAUGGUGAACCUGUUACUAGGACAUGGCGCAGACCCGGAUAUUGAUGAUCUUUUGGACCAGCCUCCGCUUACAUAUGCCAUUUACUGCAACAAUGAGGGCAUAGUUCGCUCCUUGCUGGAUCACGGGGCGAAUCCAUACCGGGCAGCGGAUGUUAGUGGUAGGAAACUGCUAUUUUUUUGGCAGAUGAAACAGUCAAUUUUCUUGCAGCUACAAGAGGCAGAGAUUAAAUGGAGCAAGGAGCAUCAUUGA